UUUGUGGUUUUGGUGAAAUUGAAUAAUGGGUAGCAAAAUAUGGAUGGCAUUGGUUCUGUUUGUGAUCAUAACUUUUGAGGGGUUUUUCAUUGAAACAGUAAAUUCUGCCACUGUGACAUAUGACCAUAGAGCUCUGGUUAUUGAUGGGAAGCGGCGGGUGUUGCAGUCGGGUUCUAUCCAUUAUCCUAGAAGCACUCCUGAGGUGUGGCCAGAGAUUAUUAGUAAGGCCAAGGAAGGAGGACUUGACGUGAUAGAGACUUAUGUUUUCUGGAACUAUCAUGAACCUGUAAAAGGGCAGUACUACUUUGAAGGCAGGUUUGAUUUGGUGAGAUUUGUGAAGACAGUGCAAGAAGCUGGCCUUCUAGUCCAUUUGAGGAUUGGCCCUUAUGCUUGUGCUGAAUGGAACUAUGGGGGUUUUCCUAUUUGGUUACACUUUAUUCCCGGAAUUCAGUUCCGUACAACAAAUGCACCUUUUAAGAAUGAAAUGAAGAAAUUUCUUGCAAAAAUUGUUGAAAUGAUGAAGGAGGAGCAUCUAUUCGCAUCACAAGGGGGGCCAAUCAUCCUUGCUCAGGUUGAAAAUGAAUAUGGAAAUGUUGAAGGUUCGUAUGGAGUUGGUGGAGAAUUAUAUGUCCAAUGGGCUGCAGAAACCGCUGUUAGUCUCAAUACAAGUGUACCAUGGGUGAUGUGUGUGCAAGAUGAUGCACCUGAUCCAAUUAUAAACACAUGCAAUGGAUUUUAUUGCAACUCGUUUUCCCCAAAUUCUCCUUCCAAACCAAAAAUGUGGACAGAGAAUUACAGUGGAUGGUUCCUUGGAUUUGGCAAUCCAAUACCUUAUCGACCUGUUGAGGAUCUUGCUUUUGCUGUUGCACGGUUUUCUGAAGCAGGUGGAACAUUUCAAAACUAUUAUAUGUAUUUUGGUGGGACUAACUUUGGAAGAACAGCUGGAGGCCCUUUGGUUGCAACAAGCUAUGAUUAUGAUGCUCCUAUAGAUGAAUAUGGUUUCCUUAGACAGCCAAAAUGGGGCCACCUACGAGAUUUACACAAGGCAAUAAAGCACUGUGAAGAGUAUCUGAUCAGCUCUGAUCCAACUCAAGUGCAACUUGGAGUAGAUUUAGAGGCGCAUAUCUACUACAAACAUUCCAAUAAAUGUGCAGCGUUUCUUGCAAAUUACGGAAGUAGUUCAGAUGCAAAUGUCACAUUCAAUGGACAUGUUUAUUUCCUUCCAGCUUGGUCUGUGAGCAUCCUUCCAGAUUGUAAGAAUGUUAUAUUCAACACCGCCAAGGUUGUCUCACAAAGAACUGUUGGAGAUCCUAUUUUUGCAACCACAAAACUGGAACCAUCUUCAUGGGGAUGGUACAAAGAAAAAGUUGGUAGCUGGGGUAACAGUUCAUUUAGUAGCCCAGGCUUACUGGAGCAGAUUAGUACCACGAAAGAUACUAGUGAUUUCUUAUGGUAUUCAAUAAGUAUCAAUAUUGGACCUGAUCAAGGGACAGAACUUUUCUUAAAUAUUGAGAGCCUGGGACACGCCGCUCUAAUUUUUGUUAACAAAAAGCCUAUUGGAUUCGGAUAUGGUAACCAUGAAGAUGCUAGCUUCAUCCUUAAUGAGCUGGUUGCUCUGAACCCUGGAAACAAUACUAUUGAUAUGUUGAGUAUGAUGAUUGGUGUACAGAACUUUGGACCGUGGUUCGAUAUAGCUGGAGCAGGAAUUUUCUUUGUUGCUAUUGGCGACUUAGACACUGGAAAAGUUGAUCUUUCUGAUAAUGAAUGGACCUACCAGGUAGGGCUGGAAGGGGAAUACCUUGGAUUGGAUAACAUAAGUCUUGCAAAUAGUUCACUAUGGACUACAGGAAAAAUUCCACCAGUUAGUCAGACUUUGAUAUGGUACAAGGUUUCAUUUAUUGCUCCCGAAGGAAAGGGUCCUUUGUCAUUAGAUCUUGCUAGCAUGGGAAAGGGGCAGGCCUGGGUUAAUGGGCAGGGCAUAGGGAGAUAUUGGUCCACCUAUCUCUCACCGUCUGCUGGUUGCAACAGUAGUAGUGGCUGUGACUACAGGGGAGCUUAUGAUGCAAAUAAAUGUCUAAAGAACUGUGGCAAACCAGCUCAAACUCUGUACCAUAUUCCUCGUACUUGGGUACAUGAUGGAGAGAAUCUCCUAGUUCUCCAUGAAGAGCUUGGGGGUGACCCUUCAAAGAUUUCUGUGAGGAUACGAACUGGCCAAGAAAUUUGUGCAUAUGUAUCAGACACUGAUCCUCCACCUGUCAAUUCCUGGAAAUCAAACUCUGAAUUCAUGUCUCAAAAGUCUGAAGUUCAACUGACCUGUGACCAAGGAUGGCAAAUUACUGCAAUUAACUUUGCUAGCUAUGGAACUCCUAAAGGAAGCUGUGGUGCCAGUUUUACUCUGGGAACUUGCCAUGCUGAUGUCGUAACAAUCGUUGAGCAGGCUUGCCUUGGCAAAGAAGGAUGUUCGAUUACCAUUUCCACAGAAACCUUCAGUGAUCCGUGUCCUGGUGUGUUAAAGAGUUUAGCCGUUCAUGCCCUUUGCAGCAACUGAGUUAUAGUCUCACACCAAAGUGAGUGAAAAAGAUACUUUCUAGGUGCAAUAGAAUAAUUCUAG